AUGGAUGUCAACGUCGAAACAUCUGCGAAAGCUCCCUUGGUCAGCGGACUGGCUGGUUUUAUUCUCGACAACUGGGCAAUCAUCAUUUCCGCCGCCCUUGUCAUCCGUGCCCUGUACCGACGAUAUGUCUCCCCGCUCAGGAAAUACCCAGGACCUUUCCUAGCGUCUAUCUCACGCCUCUGGAAGGUCAUUUCGACGGCGUCGUCCCAAACGCAGUUUGAUCACAUCAGGCUGCACGAAAAGUACGGACCCGUCGUGCGGAUCGCUCCCGAUGAGGUCUCUCUCGCUUCCCCCGAGGCGGCCAGGCUGCUGCUCAGUGCCGGGAAGCGCUUCACCAAGACGGAUUUCUACUCUGUAUUCCCGCCGCCGGAGAACCCAGAUAUAUUCACCGAAGUCAGGGAGGACGUGCACGCACGCAUAAAAAAGGUCGCCAACGUCCCGUACUCCAUGGCCGCCAUGCAGCAGCUGAGCCCCUUCAUCGACGACAGCAUCGAGGCGUUGGCGCACAAGCUCGAUGGCAUCGCGGACGAGCCGACCGACGACCGGGACGGCCCGCGCGUGGACCUCGGUCUGUGGCUGCACUGGUUCGCCUUUGAUGUCUUGGGCGAGGUGGCCUUUAGCCGGAGCUUUGGGUUUAUCGCAGAGGGCAAGGACGUCGACGGCGCCAUCGAGACCAUCGACAGGUCGCAGCGCUACAACGGCAUAGUCGGCCAGGUGCCCUUUGUCGAUCACCUGCUCCGCCGCAACCCGCUGUGGAAAUUCGUGCCCAGCUUUAAUACAGCUAACGCCCUGAUCACAAAGAUCGCCAUGAGCGAACUCGCUCGCCGGAAGCCGUUUGAUAAAGAGAGCGAGGGCAAGUGGAGGGGCGGGGAUGGGCGGCAGGAUCUCCUGGCUAGUUUGAUCAAGGGCCAUCUGAAAGAUCCAGAGCGCUUUUCAGAGGGUGAUGUCUUUGCCGUUGCCCACGGAGCCAUCUUCGCUGGUUCCGACUCGACGGCAUCGACUAUGCAAUCCUUUUUCUGGCACUGCUUCUCCGACCCGCGCGUCCACGAGACGCUCCUGAACGAGAUCAACAGCGCCGUCGCCGGCGGCCACAUCCCAUCAUCGGGCAACAUCAGCUGGAGCGACGCCCAGACGCUGUCUUAUUUCCAGGCCUGCCUCAAGGAGGCGAUGCGGAUGCGUCCGGCCGUUGGUCUCAACAUCACCAGAUACGUUCCCCCCGAGGGAGCUGAGCUCGGCGGGCAUUUCUUCCGCGGCGGCACCAGAGUCGCAGUCAACGGCUGGGUGCUGCACCGAGACAAGGACGUCUUUGGGGAUGAUGCAAAGGACUUUAGACCCGAGAGGUGGCUGGAGGAUGCCGAGAACGCAAAGAGGAUGGAUAGGUACAUGUUCCAGUUUGGUGGUGGUGCACACGUCUGUAUCGGCAGGAACCUGGCGCUCCUGGAGAUGAAUAAAGUGAUGCCCAGGUUGCUACGGGAUUACAACUUGCAUCUAGUCAACCCUGGCAAGCCGCUGAAGGCGACGUCAAGCUUCUUUGUGGUGCAAAGUGGGCUUGAUGUAUACAUUUCUAGAAAGAAGAAGUGAUUUCGUCACUUGGUUAGGAUUUCCAGAGUUAUGGUUCUGUUGGAUCAGAUCUGGGUUUUUGUAUACUGUGAGCUACUUUGGAAAUUUUCUACCUUUGGAUAAAGUGCGUGAUAUGUGGUAGGCAUUGGUUUGGAUGAAAAAAAAAGCACGGGUGCUAGUUUGGCAACUGCUACAGUAACCAGCUUGAGGGACACAGCAGGCGGGUUUAG